AUGUCUUACUCCGCCAGCGCUGCCGCAGGUGCAUCCAGCGCGGCCUCUAACUCUUCCGCCGCGUCUGUGACGCAAGCCGCGCAACUGGCGCAGGCUUCAGCAAUGGGCUCUACUGCCUACAUCACUGCUACAGUCGAUGUCCCGACUUUUAUCUUCCACAUCGACCUUGUCCUACUCGCCAUCGCGGCCGUCUUGAUUCUAUUCACCUUCCCCCGCAUGUUCGCUGCGCUCGGUCGUCCAUCGCACUUUUUCACUGGCUACUUUAUGCGCGGACCGGGCAACGCCAAGGUUCCGAGCCUCGCAAGAGAGUACGCACCACGCCGCAACAACCCGCAGCGCAAUGCCAGCACCAAGACCACCCAAAGCGCCCGUACUAUCGGCUGGACGGAGGACUCGCAUACGCUUGACUCGCAUGCGCAUCUUCUUACUCUGCCUACGCGGAGCGCCGUCAACGGAAAGCUCACCGUUCCGACGCGCGUGCCGUCUUGGAUUACCCUCACGCACCCGAUCGUUGUGUCAAUCGUGAACCAUGAAGUCCUUCCCGGUGUCACUGCACUGAAAGGCCUUGUCGUCCUUCUGGUCUUCGGCGUGCUCGCGUACGCCGGAUUCUACGAGAGCAACCCGUUUUCGAACCCUGUGCGCGAGGGAUACAUUGCGAUGGCUAUCUUUCCAAUUGCCGUCGCAGUUGCCUGCAAGAACAACGUUCUCACCUGGCUGGCAGGUGUCGGUUAUGAGAAGCUCAACUGGCUGCACCGUGCUCUGGGUACGCUCCUCGUGCUCUGCGCAAACCUUCACGGAAUCGGCUUCAUCUACAACUGGGCGAUCAACGACACGUUCUACACUAAGAUCGCGCAGCCGCAAUUCCAGUAUGGUCUUGUCGCGCUCGCCGGCACCGACUUGCUCUACCUGGGCUCGCGUCAGUUUGUGCGCUCGAAAUCGUACACUCUGUUCUUGAUUUCCCACAUCGUUGGUCUCAUCACCACCGCUGUCGGAAUGGCGCAGCAUUUCCCAGUUACGGUCCCCUACGUUGUCGCUGGUGUGGUCGUCUAUGCCGUCGACCGCAUUCUUCGUCUCGCUCGCACACGUACCACCACAGCGUACCUCACGCCCAUGCCGCAUCUCAAUAACGGCACCACCCACGUCCACAUGCCUCACCUCACCCGUGGCUUCCGCGCCGGCCAACACGUCCGUGUCCGCGUCGUAGACGGAACUGGCAUUUUCGCCUGGAUUCGCGCACUUGCAUUCUCCCGCGCGCGCCCUUUCAGUCUCGCCUCGCGCCCCGUCGGUUCUGGUGCGGAGCUCUACAUUAAGAAAGAGCGCGGCGCGUUCACCACCGGUCUGUACAAGAUGGCCACUGGUGAAUUCGCGAGCCCGCAGAAGAGCUCGAACGAGAAGGGCUUGUCCGAGAUCGAAGCUGGCGAGCCGACUCGCGCUGUUCGCAUGCUUGUCGAAGGACCGUACGGCGGCCCGUCGUACACGAUGUUCGAGUCUUACUCCGGCGUCGUUCUCGUCGCGGGUGGCUCAGGCAUCUCCUUCACGCUCGGUGUCUUGGACGAUCUUAUGCAGGCACACGCUGCCGGUCGUUCGCGCGUACGUGCUAUCGAGGUUGUCUGGGCCAUCGCGGACCCUGCGGCGCUCACUGCACUAUUGCCCGCCCUUCGCCCGCUUCUCCGCCCUCGCCCGUCGCCGCAUAGUGCACUUUCGGUCCGCAUGACGGUACACUACACUCGUGCAGGUGGCCGCGGACCCCUCCCGGAUCCUUCAAGACUGCCUACCGGCAUCCACCUCCGUGCAGGCCGCCCCGACCUCCUUCGCACACUCGAUGCCACCAUCGACCGCGUGCUCGACGCUCGUGCUGGUCCCCAACCACAUGGAAUGAGCGGUGUCGUCGCAGCAGCAUGUGGACCGCACGAGCUUGUCGCACAGCUUGAAGGCGCUGUCGGCAGCCUAUCGUGGGAUCGCUGGCGUGAUGUUGGCGGUGUUGAGACCGUCAGCGAGUCGUUCGCGUUCUGA